CGGCAGGCUCCCACCGAGCCGCGGAGCGAGGCCGCCGGGCCGUGAGGGCGGGGCGGGUCCCGGGACAUGAUCAGCCACCUCUGGUGCGGCGGGCCGCCCUCGCAGGGCUCGGACGCCGGGUGGCAGGAGGAGGCGCUCACCGCCAGGAGCCUCUCGGCCGACAGCGGGCGGCCGGAGGGCGAGUGCUGCGCAUGCGCCCGGCUGUUCAGGUGCCUGCUGGUGCAGCAGCCGUGCGCGGGCAGCGGCGCUCACGUGGCAAAGACGGGCUCGUUCGAGGCCGCUGUCCGCCGGGACCUCUCGCCGAGUGCGGGAAAUACGUUUUCUUUUUUGGCGUCCGACACGGAUUUCGGAGAGGCUUCGGUGGAGCUUCGGGGAGCUGCCGCUUGGCAGCGGACCGAGUCGUUGAGGAACGGCCGCUUCGUGAAGGAGUACAAGAUAGGUGAGAUGUUGGGCCAAGGUGCUUUCGGUAUUGUAUUUGCUGCCAAGCGGCGAAAGCCAACUGACUCGGAAGGCAACAUGUUGGCUGUAAAGUUGAUUGACAAAGUUGAGACGCAUCCUGGGGACAUAGAACGCGAGGCCGCGAUCCACGCAAAGUUGGACCAUCCCAAUAUAUUGAAGGUUCAUGACGUGAUCGACGAACGCUUCUUCGUCUGUAUCGUUACCGAUCGCUUCCCAGGGGGAGAUUUAGUAAAGUGCCUGCAUGGCUGCCAGCGUCUAAAGCCUUCGAAGACCAUGCAUAUCGUGAAGCAGAUGUUGGAAGGUGUCUGUUACCUGCACAACCUCGCUAUCGUGCACAGAGACGUAAAGGCUGACAAUUUUCUGACAGAAAAGGAAGAGUUUUUAGACCCCGACUGCAGAGUCAUUCUCGCCGACUUUGGUUUCGCCUGCUACUGCAGGACAGGAGAUCGCUUGCAGAGGAGAUGCGGCACGAAGAUGUAUUGGGCUCCGGAGAUAUGGGACAGAAACUACGCCGUGAAGGUGGACGUCUGGGCGGUGGGUGUCACGGUCUACGGGAUGAUGGAGGGCACCUUCCCGUUCCGCACCGAGUGGGACAUGAAGAGCAAGGUCUUGUGCAUCGAACAAAUCCAUGUCUCGGCAACCACGUGUGAACCCUACCCCUGCACGUCAUAUUUCUGAAUGACUGGCUGG